CAACACCAGCAACAACUACUACACCAGCGACAACAACUACUACACCAGCCACCACAACUACAACAGCAGCCACCACAACUACAACACCAGCAACCACAACUACACCAGCAACAACUACUACAACACCAGCAACAACUACCACACCAGCCACAACAACACCAGCAGCAACUACAACAGCGACAACAACUACUACACCAGCCACCACAACUACAACACCAGCCACAACAACACCAGCAACAACUACUACACCAGCCACAACAACACCAGCAGCAACUACAACAGCAACCACAACUACUACACCAGCCACAACUACUACACCAGCCACACCAACUACUACACCAGCCACGACAACUACAACACCAGCAACAACUACUACACCAGCGACAACAACUACUACACCUGCCACCACAACUACAACACCAGCCUCCACAACUACAACACCAGCAACAACAACUACAACACCAGCAACAACUACUACAACACCAGCAACAACUACUACACCAGCAACAACUACUACAACACCAGCAACAACUACUACACCAGCCACAACAACACCAGCAGCAACUACAACAGCAGCGACAACAAUUACUACACCAGCCACCACAACUACAACACCAGCAACAACUACUACACCAGCCACAACAACACCAGCAGCAACUACAACAGCAACCACAACUACUACACCAGCCACAACAACUACUACACCAGCCACCACAACUACAACACCAGCAACAACUACUACAACACCAGCAACAACUACUACAACACCAGCAACAACUACUACACCAGCCACAACAACACCAGCAGCAACUACAACAGCAACCACAACUACUACACCAGCGACAACAACUACUACACCAGCCACCACAACUACAACACCAGCGACCACAACUACAACACCAGCAACCACAACUACACCAGCAACAACUACUACAACACCAG